AGGAUGGCAGAAGCUCCACAGCCCAAUUCCACCUCCCCACGCCCAGCCUUCUUCCUACUGACUGGCAUUCCAGGGCUAGGGGCUGCCCAGGCCUGGCUGACACUGGUCUUCGGGCCCAUGUAUCUGCUGGCCCUGCUGGGCAAUGGAGCAUUGCUGGCAGUGGUGCAGGUAGAUUCCACACUGCACCAGCCCAUGUUUCUGCUCCUGGCCACACUGGCAGCCACAGACCUGGGCUUAGCCACAUCAAUAGCCCCAGGGUUGCUGGCUGUGCUGUGGCUCGGGCCCCGCCUUGUGCCCUAUGCUGCCUGCCUGGUCCAGAUGUUCUUUGUCCAUGCGCUGACGGCCGUGGAAUCUGGUGUACUGCUGGCCAUGGCCUGUGAUCGUGCUGUGGCAGUGGGGCGUCCGCUGCACUACCCUAUCCUAGUCACCAAAGCUCGUGUGGGCUAUGCAGCUCUGGCACUGGCACUGAAAGCUGUGGCUAUUGUUGUGCCUUUCCCUCUGCUGGUGGCACGAUUUGAACGCUUCCGAGCCAAGAUCAUAGACCAUGCCUACUGUGCACACAUGGCAGUGGUAGAGCUGGUGGUGGGCAACACGCGGGCCAACAACUUGUAUGGAUUGGCGCUCUCGCUGGCCGUGUCAGGUGUAGAUAUUCUGGGCAUCACUGGCUCUUACGGGCUCAUUGCCCAUGCUGUGCUGCGGCUGCCUACCAAGGAGGCCCGGGCUAAGGCCUUUGGGACAUGUAGUUCCCAUAUCUGCGUCAUCCUGGCUUUCUACAUACCUGGUCUCUUCUCCUACCUCACACACCGUUUUGGUCGCCACACUGUCCCAAAGCCCAUCCACAUCCUUCUCUCUAACAUCUAUUUGCUGCUGCCCCCUGCCCUCAACCCUCUCAUCUAUGGGGCCCGCACCAAGCAGAUCAGGGACCGGCUCCUGGAAAUCUUAACAUUCAGAAAAUUUAAAUUCUAA